UGGACACGAGAUACGCUGGAGCAUGUGGGCGGUGCCAUUACGAGGAACAGAACUUCAAAGCAGUAGAAAGCAAGGACGCCACUUUUAACGCGAUAGUUGCGCCUGCGCAGUACUUCCUCUUACAACAAGACGCGCGAGAAGCUAACACCGGAAGUUCGAGUCGGAACAGUUAACGCGACGUACCGGAAGUUGCGAGAAGCAGGAGUCAAGGAGAGCGUUGUGCAUCAUUGCCGUGUAGUAUCAAGCGCUGUACUAUGGCGGCAAUAAAUGUUCGCGAUCCCGCCGUGGACAGAUCCUUACGUUCCGUUUUUGUGGGGAAUAUUCCGUACGAGGCUACCGAGGAGCAGCUGAAAGACAUCUUCUGUGAGGUGGGGCCUGUGGUCAGCUUCAGACUGGUGUAUGACAGGGAGACUGGUAAACCCAAAGGCUAUGGCUUCUGUGAGUACCAGGACCAGGAGACGGCCCUCAGCGCUAUGCGGAACCUGAAUGGCAGGGAGUUCAGCGGCAGAGCUCUGCGGGUGGACAAUGCAGCCAGUGAGAAGAACAAGGAGGAGCUGAAAAGCCUUGGCACUGGGGCGCCCAUCAUCGAGUCGCCCUAUGGUGAUCCAGUGUCUCCAGAGGAUGCCCCGGAGUCUAUAAGCCGGGCUGUGGCCAGUCUGCCCCCGGAGCAGAUGUUUGAGCUGAUGAAACAGAUGAAGCUGUGUGUGCAGAACAGCCCCCAGGAGGCGCGCAACAUGCUGCUGCAGAACCCACAGUUGGCAUAUGCCCUCCUGCAGGCCCAGGUGGUGAUGAGGAUCGUGGACCCCGAAAUUGCUGUGAAAAUCCUUCACCGUCCAUCCGUUGUGCCACCAAUAUUACCGGGAGGCCAACAGCCUGUACAGGGUCCAAAUGUUCCUCCUAAUCAACCAAAUGCCCCUGGUGGGCAGCCCCCACCUGUAGGUGGCAUGCACAUGAACGGUGCUCCACCAAUGAUGCCAUCACUACCCAUGCAAGGCGGAGUUCCUGGUCCCAUAAACCCUGGCCAAGGACCAAUGAUGAACGUUCCUAUUCCUGAUCCUCGAGCCCCUCUACAACGUGGUCCCCCAGCAUCUAAUGUCCCACCACGUGGUCUUCUUGGAGAUGGCCCCAAUGACCCACGAGGAGGAACGCUACUUACUGUAACAAAUGAGGAGCAACCAAAUCGUAACUAUAUGCCACCGCCUUUACAAAGCGGCGGACCGAUGCACCACGACAGAGGUCCAGCACCCAUUGAAAUAAGAGGAGGUCCUAUGGGAGAACCACCUCGAGUUAUGAUUGGAGAAUCGAGAGGGGGACCCAUGUUGGACUCACGUGCACCUCCUUUGGAUGUAAGAGCGUCUAGAGCAAUGGAACCCCGACCUAUGGAUGUAAGAGGCUCUGUUACCGCUCCUGCUUUGAGAGGUCCCAUUCCUGGAAUGCAAGUAUCAGGAUCUGUUGGUCCCCAGCCCCCAAGACAGGUUGCCAAUGUUCAAGCACCUUCUGGACAAGGCGGCUUUAGUCCUGGACAGAACCAGAUCACCCCACAAGACCAUGAAAAGGCCGCUCUGAUAAUGCAGGUUCUGCAGUUAACCUCAGACCAGAUUGCCAUGUUACCACCCGAGCAAAGACAGAGCAUUCUAAUCUUAAAGGAGCAGAUUCAGAAAUCCACAGGAGCCCCGUGAGUCUGAGUGACUUUACAAUGUUGGAGAUAGGUCUGCAAAAACAAGAUCAUUGUACUUCAGAAGGUUUUGUCUUGUGCGUUUUGGUGUGUUUGUUAAUAAACCGUAUUGCAUUCAACACAGCUGGGUUAUAA